AAUGCAAUUAAGUCCAUCUAAUUCUACAAUAUACACAGAAGACAAUAAUCUAAUUCCAUCAAAUCCAAUAGGAUCUCAUAUAUAAUUACCUGUCGAUCAUAGUUCACCAGAGAUGCGUUUACUAUGUUUGGCUUAAUAAAAUGACUUGGAACAAUUUUCUAAUUUAUUAAGAUCAAGACCAUUUGAUCUAUCUGCUAUUUAGAAUUCCAAAAGAUUUACUGCUCUUCAUUAUGCUUGUUUCAAUAAUAGCUAUCAGAUGUGUGAAUUAAUAAUAAACCAUUAAGAAAGAAGAGAAAACAACUUACAGAAUAUGGAGAAUUUUAUCAAUUCUACCACUAUUGAUAAAUAUACUUCUCUGCACUUUGCAGCUUUUAGAGGAAAUAUAUAAAUUCUGACACUUUUAAAAUUAAAAGGAGCAAACUUAUAAGCUACAAAUAAAUAAGGUUUGAAUAUUAUGCAUAUAGGUGCAUAAGGAGAUCAACCUAAUAGUAUUGUAUUUGCACUUGUUAAUGGAAUUAAAUUGACUGAUUUUGAUCUAAAUGGAGGGUCUGCUUUGCAUUGGGCAUGCUAUUAUGGUUAAGAACACUCUGCUAAUUAUUUGAUACCUUUAAUAGAAUCAAAAAAACCAUACUACCCAUUAAACUCUCUUGAUUCUCAUCAAUUAACACCUUUGCAUUUAGCAGUUUAAAGUGGAAAUACAAAAUUAGUUAAGAAAUUGUUAAUUUAUGGAGCUGAUAAAACAAUAAAAGGAAAUAGUAAUAAAACUCCUGCUGAUAUAGCUUAAGAGAAUGAUUUUAAGAACAUAUAUAAUUUACUUACUAAAGAACGUAGUUUCUUAAUUACAUAUUUUAAUUUGAAAUAAGGUAUUAAAAGAGUAAGGAAAAAUGCAUUAGAAUUAAUGAGAUUUGGUGGUUUUAUGAUUUUUCUUUUAUUCUCUUAUUGGAUAUAUAUGGUAGAUGAUUUUAUACCAAUUUUUACAGAUUAUUUAUUUUUUGGAAUUACUUUACUAUUUUUUAUGUUGAUUGUAUGUUCUAAUCCUGGUUAUUAAAUUAGAAGAUAAGAACCAUUAUAUACUUUAAUAACAACUUUUGAUCAUUAAGAUAUAUGCCCAAUUUGUAAUGUAGUGAAAUUACCUAGAAGUAAACAUUGUGACAUUUGUUAACGAUGUGUUUUAAUGUAUGAUCAUCAUUGUCCUUGGAUUAAUAAUUGUGUUGGUGCUGAAAAUCAUUUGAUUUUUAUAACUUUUUUAAUUUCAUUAGAAGCAUCACUUAUCUAUGCUCUAUUUAAAACUAUAAUGUAAUGUUAUAUUGGAAAUUAGAAUUAAAUGGAAUUCUUUAAUGAACCUUUAACAUUUUGGGUAAUCUUAAUUAUCAAUAUAUUAAUUGAAAGUAUUUUUAUCUUGGGAAUCACAGCUCUUCUUAUAACUUAAAUUUCAAACAUUUUUCUUGGUUAAACUACAUUUGAGAGAUUUGCAAUUUAAAAUUAAGCUUCUACUAUUAAAUCAGUCAUGUCUAAUUCAAAUAAAAAUUCAUAAAUUGAUGAUGAAUUACUCUCCCAAAAAAAAGAUAGAUUUGUCUAAUGUUCAUGUAAAAAUGUCUUUAAUUUUUUAACAAAUGGAGCUACUUAAAGAAAAAAAGAAUAAGCUAUUAGAAUUUGA